GGGGGCAACUGUUUUAAUCCCAGUCCUACCUGGUCGGAGAUGCGGUUUUCUUCCGAACCGCAUCUUCGUCCUCUCUGUGCGGCCUACCAUCAAGCUGGAGCGGCGUUUCCUGCCGGGACUACAGCUUCGCCGGCGGUGCAAAUGCUGGGACACCAACAUCGUUGAGCUGCGGCUGCAGAGCGUCCAGCCGCGGGCGGGCGGCACUGGAUUUCAACACCGCGGGGCCUGGUAUCCGAGUUCGCCAGUGUCAGAGGUCCGGCCAGCGCGGCCUGAGAACUUUGGACAUUGCAGUCUUCAGGGAGGAAGCGGCCGCUUCAGUCCAGGCCGCUGAAGAAUGUUCACCCGACGCCGAUGAUCCAGCUUCGCGGCAGAGGGCCUGAAAACAUCGAGUUGGCUGAGGAGGCCACAUAUAGACCCCGACCUCGGGUGGACUAUGAGGGGGUGAACUGGAUAUUUUUAGUGCCUUCCCUCACAGUGAAUUCUGCUGUGGGGGGACGUUUCUUGUUGAUUUCUAUAGUGUACUGUUCUGUGUCUUUUUUUCUUUUUCUCUUUUUUGUUUUGUAUAGAUUUAUUGACAUUUAAUCUGUUCAAUUAGUUUAAUCAAUCUCUGUAAAGCACUUUGGUUCAAAUUGAUUUUGUUGAAAAGUGCUAUAUAAAUAAACAUUAUUAUACAUGUGAAUGAAAUAAAAUACCAGAGCAAAAGGAGGCUACAGAUUUUUGUUUAUUGAGCAGAGCUCCUAGUCAUGGAAAGAUUCAGAUUCAGAUUAAAUUUUAAUUGUCAUUGUCAGUGUACAGUACAGAGACAACGAAAUGCAUUUAGCAUCUCCCUGGAAGAGCGACAUAGCAAACGAUUUGAAUAAAUAAUAAUAAGUGUCCGGGGGGGGGUGGUGAUUGGCAGUCACCGAGGUACGUUGUUGAGUAGAGUGACAGCCGCCGGAAAGAAGCUGUUCCUCGACCUGCUGGUUCGGCAACGGAGAGACCUGUAGCGCCUCCCGGAUGGUAGGAGGGUAAACAGUCCAUGGUUGGGGUGAGAGUAGUCCUUGGCGAUGCUGAGCGCCCUCCACAGACAGCGCUUGCUUUGGACAGACUCAAUGGAGGGGAGCGAGGAACCGGUGAUGCGUUGGGCAAUUUUCACCACCCUCUGCAAUGCCUUCCGGUCGGAGACAGAGCAGUUGCCAUACCAUACUGUGAUGCAGUUGGUAAGGAUGCUCUCGAUGGUGCAGCGGUAGAAGUUCACCAGGAUCUGAGGAGACAGAUGGACCUUCUUCAGUCUCCUCAGGAAGAAGAGACGCUGAUGAGCCUUCUUGAUCAGAGUAGAGGUAUUGUGGGUCCAAGAGAGGUCAUCGGAGAUGUUGACUCCCAGGAACCUGAAGCUAGAAACACGUUCCACCUCCGUCCCGUUAAUGUGGAUGGGGGUGUGCGUGCCGCCUCUGGACUUCCUGAAGUCCAGCUGAAAAAAGCUGCUUUUAUGUUUGUCUGUGGCAGCUUUGACAGUCUGGAGUUGCCUUCCAGAUGGAAAUGAUUCAAAGAGUUUGUGUCCAGGGUGAGAGGGGUCAGAGAUGAUCUUACCCGCUCGCUUCCUGGCCCUUGCAGUGUACAGUUCGUCAAUGGAGGGAAGGUCGCAGCCAAUAACCUCAGCUGAUCGGAUGAUUAGCUGUAGCCUCUGGAUGUCAUGCUUGGGCUACGAUUGAACAGAUGAAAUUGAAUUGAAAGAUAAGGUAUGGAAACAGGCCCUUUGGCCCAUUGAGUCCACGUUGCCCAUUGAUCACCCAUUCAAACUAGUUUUGGGGGCAAAUUACAGAGGCCAAAUAACCUACAAACCCGCACUUCCUUGGGAUGUGGGAGGAAAGUGGAGCACCGGGAGGAAACCCACGCAGUCACAGAGAGAAAGUGUAAACUCCAUACAGACGGCACCUGAGGUCAGCAUUGAACCUGGGUUUCUGGCGCUGUGAGGCAGCGGUUCUACCAGCUGUUGAAGAGAUACUCGUGUGAACCUAGAGUGCUUGGAAUGUUAUAUACCUUGGGUGUCGUAAUGGCUGAGCUUGACUUGACCACGCGGUCUCAACAUUGCAUUUCUAACGGGUCUUUUACUACAUAAUGCACAGUAAUUCUUUCCUUUCUAGGGUAGAUAUUGUGAAACUAGCUAUUAUUCUUAUGGAAUCCUAGUAUAGAAGAGACCAAAGCAAGUUGCUUCCCAGUCAACAAACAAUCUGCUGGAGGAGGUUAGUAGGUUUAGCAGUAUCUGUGGGCGGGAAAUGAAGUUUUGACAUUUUGGGUCAAAACAUUGCAUCAAUUUAGAUAUGGGGUUAUGACCUGAAAUGUUGACAAUUUCUUUCCCCUUACACAUUUUAGUUUUUGUUUAGUUUAGAGAUACAGCGCAGAAACAGGCCUGUGGUCCCAACGAGUCCGUACUGACCAACAAUCCCUGCAUGGGGGGGGAAUGUACAGACAGUACCUAUAGUCAGGAUCAAACGCGGGUCUCUGGCACUGUAAGGCAGCAACUCUACCGCUGCACCACUGUGCCGCCAAACCCACUGUUCAACCCGCUGAAUUCCUCCAGCAGAUUGUUUGUUGCUCCAGAUUCCAGACCUGCAAUCUUUUAUGUCUCUUGCUUUCUAUCAAGCGUUCAUGAGUUCAAGAGAGUUUAUUGUUAUGUGUCCCUGACAGGACAAUGAAAUUCUUGCUUUGCUUUAGCACACCAGAACAUAGCACAGAACAGAUCAGUGUGUCCAUAUGCCAUUGUAUAAAUAUAUACACACAUGAAUAAAUAAACUGAUAAAGUGCAAAUAAUCAGAUUAUGGGCUAUGAAUGUUCAGAGUUUUGUCCGAGCCAAGUUUAAUAGCCUGAUGGCUGUGGGGUAGAAGCUAUUCCUGAACCUGGUCGUUGCAGUCUUCAGGCUCCUGUACCUUCUACCUGAAGAUAGCGGGGAGAUGAGUGUAUGGCCCGGAUGGUGUGGGUCCUUGAUGAUGCUGCCAGCCUUUUUGAGGCAGCGACUGGGAUAGAUCCCCUCGAUGGAAGGGAGGUCAGAGCCGAUGAUGGACUGGGCAGUGUUUACUACACUUUGUAGUCUUUUCCGCUCCAGGGUGCUCAAGUUGCCGAACCAAGCCACAAUGCAACCGGUCAGCAUGCUCUCUACUGUGCACCUGUAGAAGUUAGAGAGAGUCCUCCUAGACAUACCGCCUCUGCGUAUUCUUCUCAGGAAGUAGAGGCGCUGAUGUGCUUUCUUUAUGAUUGCAUCAAUGUUCUCGGACCAGGAAAGAUCUUCAGAGAUGUGCACGCCCAGGAAUUUGAAGCUCUUGACCCUUUCCACCAUCGACCCGUUGAUAUAAACGGGACUGUGGGUCCCCAUCCUACCCCUUCCAAAGUUCAUAAUCAGUUCCUUGGUUUUGCUGGUGUUGAGGGCCAGCUUAUUGUGCUGGCACCAUUUGGUCAGUCGGUCAAUCUCACUUCUGUACUCUGACUCGUCCCCAUCAGUGAUAUGUCCCACAACAUAGUAUGGAGUGAGUACAGCAGGGGGCUGAGCACGCAGCCUUGAGGUGCUCCCAUGCUGAUUGUUAUCGAGUCUGAUACAUUUCCACCAAUACGAACUGACUGUGGUCUGUGAAUGAGGAAGUCGAGGAUCCAAUUGCAGAGGGAUGGGCAGAGGCCGAGUUCUGCGAGUUUGGUAACCAGUUUGGAGGGGAUGAUUGUAUUAAAUGCCGAGCUGUAAUCAAUGAAUAACAGCCUGACAUAUGAGUUUUUGUUGUCCAAGUGGUCCAGAGCAGAGUGGAGAGCCAGCGAGAUCGUUUCCACUGUUGAUCUGUUGUAGCGGUAAACGAACUGCAGUGGGUCCAGGUUUUUGUCGAGGUAGGAGUUGAUUUGCGCCAUGAUCAACCUCUCAAAGCACUUCAUCACCACCGGCGUUAGUGCCACUGGUCGAUAGUCAUUGAGGCACGUCACCUUGCUCUUCUCGGGCACCGGUAUAAUUGAUGCCCUUUUAAAGCAGGUGGGAACCUCAGACCUCAAAAGUGAGAGGUUGAAAAUGUCCGUAAAAACUCCAGCCAAUUGGUCCGCACAGGUUUUUAGAACACGACCGGGUAUACCAUCCGGUCCAGGCGCUUUUCGAGAGUUCACCACUCUGAAGGAUUUUUUGACGUCGGCCUCUGUGACUGUGACUGAAAUACCAUCACAGCGAAUGGGGGUUCGAGAAGGCACAUCGGUGUUCUCCCGAUCAAAGUGCGUAAAACGCAUUGAGCUCGUCAGGGAGUGAUGUUUUGCCAACAUUCGAGCUGCCUCCUGAUUUCGCCUUGUAGGAGGUGAUUGCAUUCAAGCCCCGCCACAGCUGCUGAACAUCUGUCUCAUCCUCCAGUUUGGAGCAGAAGUCCCUCUUGGCCUUUUUGAUGACCUUACCAAGGUCGUAUCUGGACUUCUUGUAGACCACUGUAUCAUCAGACAUGAAUGCCCGGUGUCUGGUCUUCAGAAGAGUACGUAUCUCAUUGUUCAUUCAAGGCUUCUGAUUGGGAAACACUUGGAAGGUUUUUGUUGGGAUGCAUUCCUCCACACAUUUCUUCAUGAAGUCUGUAACGACUGUGGCGUAUUCAUUCAGGUCCGUUGCCGAGUCCCUGAACAUUGCCCAGUCUACAGACUCCAAACAGUCCUGGAGUUGUUCCACUUGUUUCUCUAUACUGGAAUGAGGCGGGCACUUUUUAUGUGUAGGAAAGAACUGCAGACGCUGGUUUAAAUGGAAGGUAGACACAAAAUGUGGGAGUAACUCAGUGGGACAGGCAGCAUCUCUGAAGAGAAGGAAUGGGUGACGUUUCGGGUCGAGUCCCGUCUGAAGUCUAAAGAAGGGUUUCAACCCAAAACGUCGCCCAUUCCUUCUCUCCAGAGAUGCUGCCUGUUCCGUUGAGUUACUCCAGCAUUUUGUGUCUACCUCCGGGCAAUUUUUAUUCUCUGCACGGUUUGUUAAUUAGUAUGAGAUCGUGCCUUACAAAGGAAAUGUUCAAGGAAUUUCAGUUUUACAUAGGCGUUUAGAACAUGCUGUCGGGGAUGGUGGUAGAGGCAGUCACGAUAGUUACAUUUAAGAGAAUGUUAGAUAGGCAGGGUAUGGAGGGAUAUGAAUCACUUGCAACAUGUUCAGCAUGAACAUUGUGGCCGAAGGGCUUGUUCUUGUGCUGUGCUGUUCAAAGUUCCAUGUAACACUUUAAAAAAAAUGCAUUUCCAUGACUGUUUUAUGCGGAAUACACUAGUUUAAGCCUAGAAACCUCUCGAGGGUAGUAUUGUGAAACACAUACACAGGGAUUUAAAUUUACUUCUAAUCUAUUGCACAGAAAAGUCGCUUGCAUACAGGCAGAUAUGUUCUUGUCUGAGUCGUCAGUGUUUUGGCAGAAGUGCUUAUGUGGGCUGGGCUUGUUUUCUCGGGCUGCACCUCUCUGCGCAACAUGGUUGGUUAAAUCCUCUCGCAUAAGCGGGAAGUGGUUUCCCUGGUUUCAAAACUGGUCACUGGAUUACGUGUAGGUACUUUCCAGAUAUUGUGCAAUGUUGCUUGUCGCAGCCAAUGUGAGAUGUGUAUCCCCAGUGACAGCUGUUCCUGCUGUGAAACUCUGGGUGUAGUAGGAAGAGUGCAAGUCUGUUGAGUUCUUACGUGCUCACUGACGAUUGCUGGCAGAAACACCAUUAAAUUACUAAUGUGAGGAUACACUGUCUUAAAAUGUGGUCGCAUUUAAACCCUGCGUACUAUGACAAAAUUCAAGAAGCACAAAAAGAAUUGCAGGUUCCAGAGACUGCACAGAAACGUUUGCAAAUUGCUGACGGCCCAAAAAAAGAAUCCCAAGAGCCGCGAAGAAAAGGAAAACCAAACGCAGCCAAAGGUGUAAAGCGAAAGAAAGUCGUGGCCGAAAAUGUGACGAAGAAAAUCCCCAAAUCAUUUGUGAAAACUCUGUUAAAAUUAAGUAAGGAUGGGCAAAGUGCGGAGGCAGCCUUUUCUGUCGAUGGUGUCCCAACUGCUGCUUCACCAUUGAAUAAGGAACCUUUGCUUGACCAAAAUGGUGGAUUGGAGAGAGAAGGAGAACUCGGACAAGAAUAUUGUGAGGACCUAAACUUUGCCAGUGAGGCGACGGUGGCUCGGGCGGGCAAACCACUGCAGAGAAAGAUCUUGGCGUCACAGCAUUCAGUCGAGUCGUGCAACAGAUCUCCAAAUUGGAAAGCUUGCCAACUGGACACCGAUGCAACCUUGAAAUUGUUGGUGGCGGAGAAGCCCCCCUCGCCAAUCUACGAGCACCCACAGCACCAGAUUCAAUGUCUCUCUCUGCUGCGUAAGCAUUGGAUCAUCAAAACCGAGAGCAAAAGCUGCAGUGCGAACGGGAGCUCCCCUGACGCUAGCUCCGCCUUCGACGUCCUAUUGAAGGCGAUGGAGCCGGAACUGAAAACGCUGUCAAAGGUGAAGUUUCCUGCAGCCGACUCGGGUUCCAGGAAGUCGGACUUUGGCAUCGUAUCCCAGGGGGCGUCGGGUGGAGCAUCAUCAGUCACCGCACAGACCCCCAGCCGGCCCUCUGCAUGUAAAUCUGAAUUAGCAGCGGACCCACAAUACUAUUCCAAUGCCGCUCAAAUUGUGGCCAAAUCAGGGAACAGACAGCAAGGAGCGGGCCAGCCGACGUCUCACGUCCACUACCAGCAGGCACGGCAUGUUCUGCAUGUUAAACAAGAGCAACAACGUGCCUCAUCUCCGAGGUUUAACGGAUCACCCACACACCAGCAGAAUCAAGGCAAGCACCAUUUCCAACCCACGUACAAUUUGACCAUGACCUCCCUCGGUCAGUCUCAGACCACUGUCAUGCCAUAUAGACUACAUCAAAGCCAGCUUCUGGUCAAUUCAAAUCAGCACAUGGCCCAUAAUCCACCUAAUAGUGAUCACAAGGGAUCUAGUUACAAGCAGCUGCAGUUGACGUCUGUUCUCAACUCUGGGGUGGAACAAGCAUCCAAUAGUUUGCUCAAGGACCAGAAGCCUAAAAAGCAGGGGAAGUAUAUUUGCGAGUACUGCAACAGGGCAUGUGCCAAGCCGAGCGUUCUCCAGAAACACAUUCGUUCUCACACCGGGGAACGGCCCUACCCUUGCGUUACCUGUGGCUUUUCAUUCAAGACCAAAAGCAACUUGUACAAGCACAAGAAGUCCCACGCUCACGCUAUCAAGCUUGGUCUCGUCUUGAGGACAGGGGGCAGCAGUACUUCAGUGUCGCAGGACUCUGAGCGGGGGGUCAGCAUGCAGUCAGACGUGGAGGAGAGCUGCGACAGUGAGGCCGACUCCACGUCCGAGGAAAGAUAUUUUGACCAGAAGCACUGUGGUGAGCAGGAUGCCGCACAAGUGUCCAGCGAUGUAUCCUAUUCAGAGGCAGCUGCAGCUUUCCCCGGGGACCUCUCGUCCUCCAGCAAGUUGGGAAACAAAGCCGGCGGCUACGACUCCUACGAGUCUGUCGCCCCGCACGAAGGAACGGAGUCGAGAGUUGCAGCCGCGUUGCCGAAGGUGGUGGUCUACCCGGUGAACGUUUCCCCCGCCAGGGCUGACAGUCCACGGGUAACGGGAGCGGCUCCAGAACCAGUCCACCCGCAGCAGCAGGUAAACCCGCAGGCCGCCAAAACGGAGCCGACCUCGGCUUGGGUGUCUUGGACGAAGCAAGACCCCGGUGGAAACGGCAAGCGGCAGGUGGAAAUGAGCCCGCCGGAGGAAGAUAAGGCCCAGUCAGUGACUCCGCACGGCCAGCUUCAAAGGCAGCAGGCCACUGAACAGGGCAAGCAUCACUUGAGCCCUCGAAGUUUAGGGAGCACUGAUUCAGGUUAUUUCUCCCGUUCCGAGAGUGCGGAUCAACAAAUGAGCCCACUCAGUCCCUUUGUCAAGUCACUGGCCACCACCGAGGGCACGUUUCCUUGUCCACCUCACAGCAAUCAAAUCAUGGCCACUGUGUUACAGAUGAACUCCAUCUCAGUUGAGAAGCUGUCCAAAUCCACAGCUCCGGUUCGUGCUCAGAUAGCAACCAAGAUGCUUGAAGAACGCAUUUCCAAGUUGAUAUCCGACAAUGAAGCAGUAGUGGACGAUAAACAGCUGGAUAGUGUCAAACCAAGAAGAACGUCUCUUUCUAGAAGAGGAAGCAUAGACUCACCAAAACCAUAUACGUUCAAAGAUUCAUUCCAAUUCGAUCUACGGCCUCUUCAUUCAGGAAGAAGAACAAGCUCCAGUUCUGAUAUUCCCAAGUCCCCUUUUACACCUACUGACAAGUCAAAGCAAGUGUUCCUCUUGUCAGUUCCUCCUCCGUUUCCUUCUCUUGACUGUUUGCCCAUCACUAGAAGCAAUUCGAUGCCCGCUACUCCAGCAAACUUUGGCGUGCCCGCCAACGUAACGCUAGCUGCUCACCCGCUCCGAGGAAGCCAGUCGUUCGACGAUAAAAUCACCGGUUCAUUUAGCGACGAUGUCUUCAUACCCGGACCGCAGACGCCCAUGCACCUUGUCCAUCCCCGGACCCUUGUCAGGCAGACCGCCGUGGAAGACCCGUCGACCAGCGAGGGCCAGGGCUUUGCCUCCACACGCUCCAUGGACGAGGGUUUCCAGAGGAGCGCCUUGGCCGCGGGGCUUCUGAUGCCGAGGAGCAAAUCGUUUGAGCACGGAACACGAGCACAGGAGAAAGGGAGAAAGCCGCAAGGCCGGGGCUCCAUGUACGAGUGCGAGACGUGCAGAAACAGGUACAGAAAGCUGGAGAACUUUGAGAACCACAAGAAGUUCUACUGCUCAGAGCUUCACGGGCCAAAGGUUAAACCCAUGGCCACAAAGGAUUCGGAGCAGGAGGCAAUAUCACGCAGUAUGUCCCCUCAGUUGCUACACUACAGGGUGAUGGGAGCGGCGGGGGUACUCCAGCAACCACCGAAGAUGAGGAAAAGGAAGAAAAUUAAAAGUAUUGGUGACGAUGAUGAACCUCCACCCAGCGUGGGCACCGGGACAAGCACCGUGAACCAGGAACCUUUGUCGGAUCGGUUAAGUGCCGCUGCCGUUGAUGCAUCUCACCGGAACAAGGUAACCGGUAGUAUCCCAUCCACCAGCGUCAGGGCAAAAACUCCACCAGGAGAACGCCUCCAGGCGGGCGACAAGGAACAUCUCCCGGAGGACCCGGUGUCCUUCAGCAACGAGAUUCAAACCAAACCAUUACCCUCGCCGUCCCAAGAACGAGAGCUAAGCAGGACCAGCAGUGGCGUGUCUGUAAUCCAGCACACAAAUUCGUUGAGUAGACCCAGUUCAUUUGAACACUCGGAAUCUGUGGACAAAUGUUCUCCCGUCCCCGUGCAAGAGAAAGAGGCCCUUCGUGAAACGGCGCAGCUCUCACUGUUCACGAGCGAGAAAGAAGAUGCCUGCAGCCAGCCCACUUGCCAACCACAACCCAACCCCGGAAUAUCGAGGGCAGCAACCUGCGAACUGUCGAGAUCGUCGUCCGCUGACUGCACGUCGCUGCAGCCGUCGAGGCUGGUGCGGCAACAUAACAUCCAGGUGCCGGAGAUUUUGGUGACGGAGGAGCCGGACCAGGAGCAGGAAGCGCAAGGCAACGAGCCGGCAGAGAAAUUCCACUGGCCGCAGAGGAGCGAGACUCUCUCAAACCUGCCGACCGAGAAGCUGCCGCCAAAAAAGAAACGGAUCCGCUUGGCUGAGAUGGAGCACUCAUCCGGGGAAUCCAGCUUUGACUCCACCCUAUCCAGGAGCUUCAGCCAGGAUAGCAACCUGUCUUGUUCCAGUCUCUCAGCCUCAUUUGAUAAGGAGGACCUUCCAAGGACUGAAAGCCCUUCGAAGCUGGAAGCACUUAGUAAGUCGCCCGAACUGGCUCUGGUUAGUCGGUCAAAUACCCUUGGCGUUCCCAACGCACAUUACAGAGAGAUGAGACGAGCUGCGUCUGAACAGAGCAACAGCGUGCCUUCCUCUACAGAGCUCACCACAGGGAUCCGGAGCAAGUCAUUUGAUUGUGGUAUCAUAUCCACAACAAUAUCCCCAUCGCCAGAGGUUUCCAUGGAGAUUAUUUCCACAGUGGCUUCUGAAAUAUUUGCUUCUAGCUCGGUCUCCCUGAUUGAGAGGAGAAGAGGUCCUCUUUUACGGCAGAUGUCUUUGAGCAUUGGCCCAGACAUUCCCCAACCUCAGGUUUUGGCUUCCAGUUUAUUCCACCAAAACCUAACUCUGCAGGUGGCAGCCCUGCCACAAAUCAAGCGGUCCUUAUCGAAUAGGUUAUCCCCCGUGUCCUUCUUAACUUCACAUCACCCGCUGUCGUAUGUUACGCAAGUCCAACACGUAGUACACCCUGAGCCACAGUCUUCAGUGCAAGAAAUAAACGCAAAUAACCAAACCCAAGUCAAACAACCUUUCGUUCAAACAUCUUCUCUUGCUCAGAGGUCUGAGACAUGUUGCGUUGCCCAAGGAAACCUAACAGUAAUGCCUGCAAAAAUAACAGCAGAUCAACAGAAAUUGUGCUCAAUUAUAUCUCUUCCUCCUGGAAAUGAACGUAACAUAUAUGCUCCUAAAUAUCAGCUUCAAAUUGUUCAAAGCCAAUCCUGCCAGGCGUGUGUUCUUCCUCAUGUUACAACCCAGGCGCCAGUCAUUCCCCUAUCUAUUCCACUUGCUCUCAGAUCAUGUGCGGUCACUCCCAAUAUUACAACUAAAUCUCUGGAGAUUAUCUCAAACUUGUACUUGGUCCCCCCAGUUCAGCAUGUCCACCCUGGCCAGGUAUCUACCCAGUUACUGCCUGCUGCUGCUUCUCUGAUCAGGCCCAUUGGCAUCCAGUGCACACAACCCACGUACAACACUGCCAUUCGUUCAACCUUGCCUCAGAUUCUGGUCACACAAGAUCAAACGAACCAGCAGGCCCUGGUCAUCUGUAAAUUCGACGAUCCACUAAAUUCAAACGCUCCCGAGGAUUAUCUGGAAGGCCAAAAGAAUGAAAUUAAGAUGUCUGCUAUUGCGGAAAAUUGUCACUCACUUAUCGAUAGUAGAACUGCACUCGUGGCAAGUGGAUCCAAAAUGGCGUCUGACUGUCUGCUCGCGCAAGAACCGACAGGAACGAGUAAACGCAUGCUGUCGCCAGCAAAUAGUUUAGAUAUUGCGAUGGAAAAACACCAGAAACGGGUUAAGGAUGAAAGCGGCUCUGCAAGUUCUGGUAAAGUGACACAGGUGCCGUUGCAAAGCACCAAAUCUGUUGAAAUGAAUAAGCUGAAGAAGCCCAUGUUGGUGAGGCAGCAUUGCACAACCGAUCAAGUGGAGAGCUCGCUGCCUGCUGAGCAGGAAGGCCCUCUGAAAAACAACUUGCAAAUCUUAGAGCUCAACAGCUCGCCUCUUCACCAGCUGCCAGCUCUGCCUAAAGAAACUCUGCAGUCUGAGGGUUCUACCUCGUCUUCGGGGACUGUGAUUCAAAAAUCACCCAGAACCGCUUUCUCCAGUUCCCCACAGGCAAUUACUACUCUGUUGAAAUCAGUCACUAAUACUCAGGGUGAUACGUCUGCAUCCAGUAACGACCAAAUGCAACUAGUAAACAGUCAGGCCCAAAUCGAAAUGAGAGUUUCCUUCCCAGUCACAAGUACACGAGAUGUACAAUGUGCCACACUCUCCACUCUGAAGACUUCAACAAAUUUUAGUUGGUGUUACCUGAAAAAGUGCAAGCCGUUACAUACCCAGCAGGUGGACAAAAAACUCUCUGCCUACUCAACUUGGCAUAUCAGCCCUCACAAUCCCAAUCCAAUGGGAUUACCCACUAAAGUCAUACUUGGUCUUCUCAACUCAAAGCAGAAGAUCAAAAAAAUGAUGUACACGCAAGCGAAAAGCACGCUGCUUCAUUCUGGCAUAUUGGUGUCUUCAAGCAAAUGGAAAGCUGACAAAUCCAAGGCACUUGCCAACCGAACAGUGGCAAUUAGUGAACACAACAGCAAAGACAAGUACGACAAUCAAGGUGGUGAUUCUGACAAAGAUCAUGCUGUCAUUGAACCCAGGCGAAUCAAGAUCUUCGAUGGGGGAUUUAAGUCGAAUGAAGAGUACGUGUAUGUUCGGGGCCGAGGGAGGGGCAAGUACAUCUGUGAGGAAUGUGGGAUACGCUGCAAGAAGCCCAGUAUGUUGAGGAAACAUAUCCGCACGCAUACAGACCUUCGUCCUUAUCAUUGCAACUACUGCAACUUCUCCUUCAAAACUAAAGGAAACUUGACCAAACACAUGAAAUCCAAGACUCAUAGCAAGAAGUGCAUGGAAAUAGGUGUGUCAGCUGGCCCGUUCGAUGAUCAAGACACGGAUGACUCAGGUGAUAAACCAAGAGGUGGAAACGAGUGCACGUACUCGGACGCUGAAGACUCGGACUGUCAGGAUGAGGAAGAUUAUGAAGUCGACGACGAUGAUGAAGACAGCCAGGGGGACGUGGGGCUGUCAGCCACUCCCUCGGUAGCAGCCAGCCCCCAGCACAGCAUGCAGCGGAACGACCAGCUUGGCACCUUGAACGCUGCCUCGGCCUCUCUGAUGGCCCAUGCUGUGAGGACAGCAGAGGACUGCUUGAGGCAGGCCCACCAUCUCGACAGGCUGCCCAGCGAUGCUUGGCUGGGACAGACCGCGAGAGACACCCAUUGGUACGGGGCGGAAGAGGAGACAAACAUAUUCCCUUCAGCUGGAGGUGACCUGCCCAACACUGGGCCAAAGUCCACAGCUGAAACACUUGGAAGGAGAACCGUAGAUGACUCAAAGAUUUUCCCUUCAUCGAUCACCCUUCCCCCACAGAUGGUCCAGGAGAGGCAGUUGGCGUGCUCUUCCCCCAUGAGUAGUGCGUACAGGUUGGACGUUGAGCAGCAGAGGCAGCAGCAAGAAGCGAUGGGUGAGGAGCAAGUGCAUCUGUUCAGCCACUUGCCCCUUCACUCUCAGCAGCAGGUGAAGACUCCGUACAGCAUGGUGCCCGUGGGUGGCAUCCAGUUAGUCCACGCCGGUCUGGCCGCAUACUCCACCUUUGUGCCCAUCCGGGCCGGUCCCGUCCAGCUCAGCAUCCCGGCUAUGAGCAUCCUUCACCAGACCUCCUGCUGCCAAGGCAGCACCGAUGUACCGGGCCACGCCAAGCCAGCCAGGGAUGCGGAGACGGAGAUGCUCCUCGCACAGGUCAACUCCACCGUCGAGCAGAGUGCAAACACCUCAGAUUUCCAACUGGCUAAAGCUUCGUGUGCAGAGACGCUGCGGCCUCUGGAUUUGGUCAAUUUGAGCACAGGUUCACAGGUGUCCCCUUCAGGCCUUUCAUUUAAGACUGUGGACCUCCAAGUGUUGGCCACCAACCCGCAGGCUCGGUGCUCACCGAGUGUGCAAGCCCACACGCCAGGGGUACACAUCAUGAACAUCACACUGCCUCCACCGGCACCAGCCCUCCCUGCGGGCGCCGAGGCUCAAACAAGCAGCGAGAAGCACUGCACGCAAAUGGAUUUCACAACCAGCAACAGACAAGCACCAGUUAGCCUUCCGCUUGAAGCUUCCACCCAUCAGAUGGGCCGCACGCAACUCUCUCAGGUUUCCCACCAGACCCAGGCUUGCAGCCAGAAGACAGCCCCCCCUAGCUGGAAACCCAAUCACCCCGGCACAGCGCCGGAGUGCGGCUACAGAAGCACGCAACUCGCGGCAAUCCAUAACAAACCGAGUGCUACAGCCUUGAUAAACUCUGCCCUGGGACACUCGCGCACGGACACACAAGAGGUGACCAGGUCUCCCGUUCAUUGGACUGCUUCUCCAGAGAAAGCAAGGGGCAAGCCUGUGGGACUGGCACGGGGCACGGUGCAGUACAGUGACGUCAGCAGCGAUGACGAAGACAGAUUAGUAAUAGCCACAUGAAAACCUUUUUUUGCAGACACUUUUUUUGUGCAGAUAUCCCACCCUUUUUUUUAUAAAAAGAAAAAGAUGACCGACACUUCCUGGUUUCUUACUCCGAGAACUCUCUUUGCCCAAAAGCACACUUUUUGAUGUAGAUAUAAUGUUUGUGCAAUUGUAAUCUAAGACCAACUUGGGAGAACGCCGUGGUUUUUGCUCCUUGUCCAGUCCGGCCAUUUUUGUAUAUGUUGUAUAAAAAAAUUGUGCCUUUCAGAUUUCUUGUUUUUCGAAAUUGUACAGAUGAUAAACUAUACAAAAAAGUAGUUGCUUGUGCUUAAUAUUUUUUUUUACAAUGUGCGGUGUUAUCGUAAGGAACAUGAUUACAUGUGGCACUGAUAAUGUAAAUUUCUAUGGCUACGGGGCAGUCUUUCUGUGUACAGGCAAGAAUUGUAUACCAGCUGAUAUUUAUUGUACGCAUAUUUUGGAUCCAUGAUCUGUUCUUACCUUGCUGGGAGCUAGCUGUUUUAACUUCAGGCAAAUUCACUCCAAAAUAAAUGAGAUCAUGUGAAACAGUUUGCAGAAAAUCCAAUAUUCUUUGCUGAUUUUCCAGCUAUUACAGUUUCCGGACAUGGUACAUAGAAUAUUGCACUUGGUACGACAUU